GGCAGCUGUGAGGGAAGAUGGCGGAGGCGGCGGCGGCGGUGCAGCAGCACCGGUUCUUUUGCCACAGCUGCAAGGGCGAGGUCAGCCCCAAGCUGCCGGAAUACACCUGCCCUCGCUGCGAGUCUGGCUUCAUCGAGGAAGUCACUGAUGAUUCCAGUUUUUUUGACAGCAAUUCCCUGGACGACAGCCCCUCCUCUCAGUUCUCAGAGCUCUGGGACCACCUGGACCACACGAUGUUCUUCCCGGAUUUCCGGCCCUUCCUGAGCGGCGGCUCCCCGGACGCCGAGGCCAGGGAUGGGGAGAGGGGUCCCCCGGCGGAGCCGUGGGGUCCCGGCCGCCCGCCGCGGCUGCCCGUGCCCCGCAGGUACCGCGCGCGGGGCAGCUCGCGCCCCGACCGCUCGCCGGCCAUCGAGGGGAUCAUCCAGCAGAUCUUCGCCGGCUUUUUCGCCAACUCGGCCGUUCCUGGCUCGCAGCAUCCCUUCUCCUGGAGCGGGAUGCUGCACUCCAGCCCUGGCGAUUACGCGUGGGGACAGAGCGGCCUGGACGCCAUCGUCACCCAGCUCCUGGGCCAGCUGGAGAACACGGGGCCGCCGCCAGCAGACAAGGAGAAGAUCUCCUCGCUGCCCACGGUGCCGGUGACGCAGGAGCAAGUCGACACAGGGCUGGAGUGCCCGGUGUGCAAGGAGGAUUACACCGUGGCAGAGCAGGUCCGGCAGCUCCCCUGCAACCACGUCUUCCACAGCAGCUGCAUCGUGCCCUGGCUGGAGCUGCACGACACGUGUCCAGUCUGCAGGAAGAGCCUCAAGGGGGAAUUAUAUCAUGAUAUAAUUAAAUAUUGAUAUAAUACUACUCAAACUCAUGAAGAAGAAAAUUAAAAACUCCCUAAAAUUAAACUAAAUUAACUGUCCUAAAAUUUCAGUUUUGCCUUAGAAAUAUUCCUGCAUUCUAAAACCUUAAACUCAAUUUUUUCUACCCUGAUCUUCAGUGUUAUCAAAAAAUUUGGGGAUUUUUUUCCACGGCUUCAGGUCAAACACAAAAUUUUCU